GUCAGUUUAAGCAGAGUUAAAAUAAUUAUUUCACUUAAACGAAGUCACGAUGAAUAGUUAGUGUCCAAUGUAUAAAUUCACUUGAAAUUAUUAAUUAUUACUACUAUAAGCAAUUCGUUUGGAAAAGUCAUGUAUUUUCUGACAUUAUUUUUAAUUGGUGGAGCUCUGUGUAAGCCAUAUGAUGGGUACUACUGCAUGCCAUACCAAGCUCCCUAUCCAUGCCAGAACUAUUACCAACAAGAUUAUUACAACCAACAACCUUUUGUGAUGAAACCUGACAGUCCAGGAAUUAAAGAAGAACCAGAGAUUCCACCACCCAGGCCCGUUGACCCUGUCCCUACUCCUCGGAAGAAGACGAAACGUGUUCUCACCAGGAUCUUCUCUAUUCCAGGUGCAUUAGCUGACUCUUUCCUUAGCGGAGAAAUAUCUGUUUAAAUUUAUUUUAUGUUAUGAAGAAUAAAGAGUGGAACGGAACGUAAAAUCGACCUUUUUAAAAA